AUGGCGGAGAUGGUGGGCCUCGUCGCCGCCAUUGGCUCGAUCAUUGGCGCCGGCUACAAAAUCACCAAGGCGAUCUCCGCAGCCCGUGAGGAUAUCGGGGCCGCGGAGGCGAGCGUUCAGGCCAUUGCCACCGACAUGGCUUUCGUGACGAUGAUCUUGGGCCAGAUCAGGGACAGGCUCAAUUCCAUCCGAGUCGUCGAAGUUGAGACGCUCAAGAUCCUGGAAGGGAUACUACUCCAGUGCAAGACCGACAUCGACGCAAUUGAGAAGACACUCCUCCCGAUUAUCGCCAAUGUCAAGGCUGGAGGAUUCAAGAGCAAGAGACAGCGCAUACGCUUUCUAUUUGCGCGGUCCAAACUCUGUACCCAGCGGGCAACAUUGGGGUCGUUGAAAUUGACCCUGUCAUUGUUCAUCCACACCUUGCAGCUCUCAGAUGGCUAUGAUGUCGAAAUCCUGAAAGAUGAGAUCCUAGACGCCAUCUCCAAGUCCAAGGAGACCAAGACGAUCUUCCUUAAUGCAGAGAGAGUUGACCACGCCGUCGCCAAAGCCUGCGAGAUCCAUGACCGCACCUCCAUCCCGGAGAACAGCUCGGCCGGGACGGCAGCCCUGUCCAUAGAGGAUGCGGACCGCCCAGUACUCCCGGGUAGAGCGAUCACGCUGCCGGCGUUUCAAGCCGCGGAACCUGGAGCAGACAUGGUCGACCUCAACUCGGACCCGGCGAACUGGGAGCUUCAAUUGCGAAGCGCGUCCGAGUUCGAAGUAAUGCAAACCAUUUCGGAUGAUUCGUUCAUGAAAAUUGCGGAGCAUAUGCGGCUUCAGAAAUCUGUGGCGACGUUUGCGCUCGGGACGAUGGAACCCGGGCCGAGGCCAACGGAUAUCAGGAAGCCCAGCUUUGAGCUUAACGCGGAUCGUGACGAGGGCGUCUCUCUUCAGGAUGGGUACUCGGCUGAGAGCUCGCCUGCUGAAUCAAUUGCAAGGGCGGAUUCGGAGGAACGCCGAUCUAGUAUUCGGGAGGGAAAGCAGCCGGAAUACCCUUCCUUGUUUGAUGAGACCUCGGAUGAAGGGACCCCGGGUCCAUUGUUGAACCCUGGGAAACGCGUCCCGUCGCUGUCGACCGAGCGCCAAUCUGAAGCCGAGACUGUGGUUGAUACUGCUGGAUCAUGGCCACCGUCGAACGAACCUGCCCGCAAACAGGAUCUGCGACCUAGUGAAGAGGACGGGCAGUCAUAUGCUUUGGCGACGGACUCGGGUUCGACGCCACAAGCCGAUAGCACGCCCCAACGACAGCCAGAUACCGAUGUCUUAACUCCUGCAAAGAUUAAGAUGGGCAACCCGCAAACCACCCAGGCGAUGGUUGAAGAGAUAAAUCUACGACUCGGGAACCUUCGGGAGAAGCAGAAGCAGAAAAUUGACGAAUUGGCACAGAGAGCUGCUGCCGGCAUGGACCAGGAAGCGCUGCUCGAAAAGGCCCGUAAACAAACCGAAGAAACCAUACUUCGCGAAAUGGAGAGAAUAAACAAGGCGCAACCUACUGUGGAGGAAAGAAUGGCCAGGAUGCAGGCCGAGGCCGAAAUAGAGCGAAGGCACCAAGAGGAGUUGAUACGCGUUCGGGAAGAAGCAUGGGAGAAGGCCAGCGCCCAAUAUAAGCUGCGCCAAUAUCGGGGAAUCGAGGAACCGCAACGGGAUACAAGCGCCGCUAAAACAGUCAAGGGCAGCAAAAGAAAGAAGUUCCGCCAGUUGCUAGGACUGGGUCGUUCGUCCAAGAGAAGCGUUAUUGUGUCGGGGUGA